UUCUCGACCCUCUUCUCACUUCGGCUUCCCUUCUUCACGAUGACUAAGAAGCGAAGGAACAAUGGCCGUGCCAAGAAGGGACGUGGGCACGUCCAGCCCAUCCGCUGCACCAACUGUGCCCGGUGUGUGCCCAAAGACAAGGCCAUCAAGAAGUUUGUCAUCAGGAACAUUGUGGAGGCCGCUGCUGUGAGAGACAUCACGGAGGCCAGCGUGUUCGACUCUUAUACACUGCCCAAACUGUACGUGAAGUUGCACUACUGUGUGAGCUGUGCCAUCCACAGCAAGGUGGUGAGGAAUCGCUCCAAGGAGGCCAGGAAGGACCGAACGCCACCACCCCGCUUUCGACCAAGCGCUGGUGCCCCGCGGGCCCCUCCAAAGCCAAUGUGAUGUGAAAUGUCAUAAAUUAUAACAUAAUUAUGAAAUAAAAGUGGUUGUGAAAAAAGACAA